AUGUUCGCCAGCGGUGUGCGCCAAUUGAAAUGCAACAAGUUGAGGCCGAUUUCUGCCCGUCUCGUCUCCAAUGCGAGCACUGCAAAGAAGGAACGCAAACCUGCGGAAACAUCAAGCUUCUCGAUGAACAUCUUUCGCGGGAAGGCCCAACUCGACAACGUUUUCCCCUACCCGCUCAAUUUGUCGUCGGAUCAGAGAGAAACUCUAAACAUGAUUGUGGACCCAACCGAGAAGUUUCUUACUGAGGUUAACGAUUUGCUUAAAAAUGACGAAACGGCUUCUCAACCUCCAGAAGUCUUACGACAAUUUGGCGAACUUGGUGCUUUUGGAGCUUUGGUACCUGUCGAAUACGAAGGCGCUGGACUAAAUAACUCUCAAAUGGCUCGACUUGCUGAAAUCGUUGGGGCCCACGAUCUUGGUCUUGGUGUAACGAUGGGAGCUCAUCAGUCUAUCGGCUACAAGGGUAUCUUGUUGUAUGGAGAUGAGGCCAUGAAGAAAAAAUAUCUGCCAGAUUUGGCUACUGGCCGAAAGUUUGCAUCAUUCUGUCUCACCGAACCCGGCUCUGGAUCUGACGCUAACUCAAUCAGCUCAACAAUCACCAAAUCGGAUGAUGGCAAGCACUACAUUCUCAACGGAAACAAAAUUUUCAUCUCAAAUGGCGGCUUUGCUGAAGUUUUCACCGUUUUUGCACAACAACCGAUCAAACAGGCUGACGGAUCAACAAAGAACAAAGUUACAGCCGUUGUUGUUGAGAGGGCGUUUGGUGGAGUGACUAAUGGACCACCAGAGAAGAAAAUGGGCAUCAAAGGAAGUAACACAGUAACAAUGAACUUCGAUAACGUUAAGAUCCCCAUUGAAAAUCGACUCGGUGAGGAGGGUGAGGGAUUCAAAGUGGCUAUGAACAUUCUCAACAAUGGGCGAUUCGGUAUUCCAGCCUCAAUGACUGGCACGAUGAAAUAUGUGAUUCAAAAAACGGUUGAUCAUGUCACGAACCGUGUUCAAUUCGGCCGCAAACUUGAAGAGUAUGGAAAUGUGAAAGAAAAGCUUUCUCAAAUGAUUGUCAAGCACUACGCUUCGGAAUCAAUUGUCUACAUGCUUGCUGCAACAAUGGAUGCUGGCGUACAAGACUACCAAUUAGAAGCUGCGUGUGGAAAGGUCUUCACUUCGGAAGCUGCUUGGUGGUGCACUGAUGAGGCUAUUCAACUCCAUGGUGGUUACGGCUUCAUUCGUGAGACCGCAUUGGAAGUGUUCUUGCGUGAUCUUCGAAUCUUUCGUAUCUUCGAAGGAGCCAACGAUGUGCUGCGUCUCUUUGUUGCUUUGACUGGAAUUCAACACGCGGGUCUUCACCUGCAGCAAACAGCCAAGGAAAUCAAGUCGGGUGGCAUUGGAACGCUAUUCGGAGAGUUGACAAAACGAGUGACUGGAGGAAGCACUGGAGGCGAUUUCUUGAAAGUUGUUGAUAGCGCCUUCACAUCUGAAGCGGCUACUCUCGAUGCUGCCAUCAAGGACUUUGGGGCUACCAUCGAGAAGCUCUUGCUGAAAUACAAGAAAGGAAUCAUUGAACGUCAAUUUGAACUUACGCGUAUCGGUGAUGCGGCCAUCGACAUUUUUGCUUUGACGUGUGUGCUCUCAAGGGCGACUUUUUCGGCUAAACACGGAGCAGCCUCGUUUGAACAUGAAAAGGAUAUCGUCAAGCUCUUCGCUGAACAGGCUGCCUCUCGAAUCACUGCAAAUCUGAAGGUGGCUCGUGAAGGAUCUCCAACCGAGGUGUCGCUCAUCGAGAAAAUUGCCACCGAUGUGUGCAAGAACGGCGGACUCCCACAACGUCAUCCAAUUGAGCUC